AUGCAACCGCGGCUAUCACUGCUACGACACAGACCGACAGACACCGACCAGAGGAGCACAGCGUGCUUGCGACCCGUAAACAGCGACAACAUCCACUGCUCUCUCUCUGGAAAUCUCUCUCAAGCUCUCUCUCAAGCUCUCUCUCUCUCUCUCUCAAACUCUCUCUCUCUCUCUCUCUUCUUCUCUCUCUUCUCUCUCUUCUCUCUCCUCUCUCUCUCAAACUCUCUCUUGAAGUCUCUCUCAAACUCUCUCUCUCUCUCAAACUCUCUCUCUCAAACUCUCAAACUCUCUCUCUCUCUCUCUCAAACUCUCUCUCUCUCUCUCUCUCUUCUCGCUCUCUCUGUUAAUCCCAUCAUCUCACUGCUGCAGCGCGUGACAGCAGAUACCAAGCCUGUCGAGAUCUUGAUUCCUUGGAAGCAGCCGCAACGUUUGAUUGAAGUCGGCUGGUGGCCCGCACCUGGAAUGCGAUGCCUCGAGUGCCAUUCGCAACGCAGGGGCUAUCUCUGUACCCUACGGGCGCACGCUGAUAAGAGCCAGGCGCGCACCCUCCACCAUUUUGAUCUCCCUGAGCGCCUGCUAGAGAACGACACAAUCAUCCUCCGCCUCUUUGCCACCUCGGAUAUGCUGGAGUUGCGCGCCGGGGAAGUGGAGCUGUACACAAAACCUGACCCUACCACCACGGCUCCAUCAUCUGCGGGCUUUGGAGCCAUGGGUCUGGGUGCCUUGACUGGAGCUCUUGGCUUGGGAGGAAGCAGUCUUGACAUGGAUCGUGUCUCGGCCCUCAUGCCUGGGCCAAUUGCCUCACCCCAAGCCGCUGACCUAUUCGCUGCUAUGCAACGCCAGCACGCCGCUGGGCAUGCCGCCGCUGCUGCCGCCGCUGCCCCCAACCCCUCCACAAGCGUUCCCAUGGCCAUGCAGGCCAUGCUGCUCAUGUCGGGUAUGGCCGGAUCCCAUCAAACCAAGAAUACCUCGUCAUCUCCCUCAGCCCACCCACCUCCAGCGGACCAACCUCAACCCCCGCCGCCAUCGCUUUCAUCAGCACCCGAAUCGGCAUUGGCAGCCCCGCCAGCACCAGCACCAGCACCAGCAACAGCAACAGCAACAGCACCACCCGCGUGUCAAUGUGGAGAGGUCGUGGCGUCCCAGCUCAAGGUACGCGUGAAUCGAGGCGUGUGUUGA